AUGGCAGAAGAGUACUUCCACACGUUUGUUGCUGGAACAUUUUCUGGAGUGGUGGGAGUACUUCUGGAGUACCCGCUUGACACGAUCAAGGUCCGUCUGCAGGCUUACGGCUCACUCUACAGGGGAUAUUGGGAUUGUGCAGCAAGGCUUUUGAAGAACGAGGGCAUACUUUCUUUUUACCAUGGGGUUUCAACACGCUUUGUGGGCUCCGGUUUUGAGCACGCUGUUGUUUUCUCCUUUUACAAGUGGACCCUGCGACGGGUGGGUGCGGAUGAAUAUCAUCCGCUUGCUUGGCAAAUAUUUCUUGGUGGCGUUGGCGGUGGUGUGGCGUCAACGGUAUUUUUAACACCACUGGAGCUUGUCAAGUGCCACUUGCAGGUGGCAAACAUGUUGCCGGCAGGCCAGCGGGAGUACCAUGGCGUCACAGACUGCACGGUUAAAAUUUUGCGUCGGGGUGGCGUGACGGCGCUGUACAAAGGCGGUGUUGCGAUGUUGGCCCGUGAGGUGCCAGGUACUGCUGCCUACUGUGGCACAUACGACAAGGUGAAGGAAUUUCUGACGCCCUUAGGAGGUUCGACAGCGGAGUUGUCGCCAUGGCGGCUUAUGUUUGCUGGAGGCUGCAGCGGUGUGGCUUUUUGGACUGUCUUUUUCCCUGCAGAUGUUGUUAAGACUCGUAUGCAGGUAGACCCCGUUUUUUCACAAUGGAGUUUUGGAAAGGCGCUGCGCGUGUUGUAUGCCGAGGGCGGCAUGCGUGCUCUGUAUUGUGGAUGGUCUCUCACUGCUGUUCGCUCCUUUCCAUCCAAUGCUGCAAUAUUCGCGACGUAUGAUCUCAGCAUGCGUGCCUUUAAGAACCAACAGCGGAACACAAAUUCCGCGGCAGGUGCAGUGUGA